AUGGAUAAACUCUCGACCGCACCACCGGCAACGGUCGGAACGGUUUGCGGUGUGACGGACGUGAAGUAUUCCCGUCCACUACCCAGUUCGUCCUUCAGCAUAGAAAAUCUUAUCGCCGUCAAACGACGGCGUAGUGCGGGAGGAUCGUCCUCGCCCGAAAUUGAUCCAGUGGAUCAAGGAUCGUGCUCACCGCCGGCGGGAUCCAACAUCGCCUCAGGACUGUUUCUCGAGGCGUCUCAGCAGCAGCAGCAACAGUACCUGGCAGCGGCCGCUGCAGGAUAUAGUGCGGCCAUGCUUUCUUUCAGCUCGUUCCCGCCGCUCUACCAUCCCUGGGGUGCGACGGCUAUCCCUACCGCCGGUCGGUAUCUGUCCCAGGCGGCGAAUGAAAAAUUGUCCACCCUGCUUUUACACCACACAGGCGGUGGUGGUGGUGGUGGUGGAGCCGGAGGAAAUAAAUCGCACCCGGGGGUGGAACCGUUCGCAACGAGCGAACCACACCAACCGUCGGUCGGCAUGUCCUUGCCAGGUGCGGCCAGCCCGAGGGGUGCCCGAAGUGGCGAUAAAUUGUUCCCGUCCGAGGCGGAACUGCUGUCGAAGGUGUACGCCGUCUAUCAGCAUCAACAGCAGCAUCAGUCACGCUACCUCACUACAGCCUCGCCGAGCUAUACUGGGACGUUGGUCGAACCGAACGGUUCUCACCACCAGCUACAACAGCAGCCACAACUUCAACAGCACCAACCAUUGAUGGAGCCGUCUGCAGCACCGGGUGUGGAACAGGGAGCACGAGAGCCGGAGGAGGAUGAGCGAACGCGCCCGAUGGAGGACGGUGGGGAGAGUGCGGAUGGGUCGGCUUACAGCGAUGACAUUAGUCUGACACUUUCACCAUCCGGAUGCGGCAAAACGGCCGAUCUGGGUGACACCGACUCGGACGCCUGUUCGGAAGAUGAUUGCACCCAAAACUCAUCCUCCUCGGGACGGGCAGGCAAAGCGGGCCACGGUGCUGAAACAUCCAAAUCCCGCCGUCGCCGUACCGCUUUCACGUCCGAACAGUUGCUAGAGCUGGAGCGAGAAUUUCACGCCAAAAAGUACCUCAGCCUUACGGAACGCAGUCAAAUCGCUACCAGCCUGAAGUUGAGCGAGGUGCAGGUAAAAAUUUGGUUCCAAAACCGGCGUGCCAAAUGGAAGCGGGUAAAGGCUGGACUUAAUUCGCACGGUCUUGGAAGCCGCAAUGCGGGCAGUUCCGGUACCGGUACGACCGGGGCAGCUAGCAAGAUCGUGGUGCCGAUACCGGUGCACGUGAAUCGGUUCGCCAUACGUUCGCAGCAUCAGCAGAUGGAAAAGAUGAACCUGGUUGGGCCGAAAGCUGAACUGCGCAAGGCGGACCUGGGGCUGGCAGAAACGGGCGGCUUCGAGAGGUUUGGAUUAAGCAAGCACCUUGCGAAGGUAGUGCCGGUGGAGCCGGCCAUUAGCAGGGUAGAGCCUCCGUUACAACUGGGAUCAACAGAGGGCACCUCCAAGGGCUCUAUAGAUAGUGAUGCAGGAGGUGGAGGUGGAGGAGGAGGAGCAGUGGGAUUUCAGUUAGGGAUGGGGAUGUGCUCACUUGCCGCACCACCACACAGUGCCUCCCAUCCAGUUGCUUUAGUCGUUAAUCCAAAAACAUUCUAA